AUGAACGCGCGUUCGCAGGUCUUCGACCUGACCAUGGAGGGUCGUCAGGUGGACGAGGCGGUGGCCACCAUCUUUCAUACCGUCCUCUUUCACCGCUGCCUGGGCAAGUACAUGUACACGGGCGACGCCCAGUACUCCAUCGGGACGGUCGGCUACACGGACGUCGAUUGCAACUUCAUCGACUUCACCUACGUGUGCUGCACUUCGGACAGCCUGACGCACAAGGUAAAGCGGGCCAUCAACUCGUUCAGCGAAAAGCUGCGCUCCAACGAGAGCUGCGGCUCCGGCCAAAUCAGCCUGGAGUUCUUUCAGAAAAAGAAGAACCGCUGGCCCUUCCCGCAGGAGUCGAUCCCGUGGGAGGUGUGGACGGUCCACCUGGACCUGAUCAAGCACGAGAACGAGGACGAACGGCAGCUGUGCCGCGAGAAUGUCUCCGAUCUCCUGACCGAAAAGGUCAUAUACAUCACCGAGCUGAUGAACCGGCACGACUACGUCCCCAAGACGCCCAGCCAGAGCGAGCUGGACCUGAUCUUCGACACAUCCUUCCCGGACGUGCAGCCGUACCUCUUUAAGUUCGACUACUCCACCUCUGGCUCGACUGCCCCCUCCAUGGGCAACGCCAUGAAGAAGAUCAUCAAAGAGACGCUCGCAAUGUGACGGGUUGCAGGAGAAGGGUUCGAGAUCCUGUCACUUUUGUGUAGAAAUGCCACAAUAGUGGCUGGUUAUCACUACGGGGCUGUCCACACAUCAAAAUUAGUUGUUCGCGAGUUUAUUUAUUUGUAUUUUCUUUUUUUUUCGACCCAGACUAGGGGUGAGUCAUUUGCAAGGGUGAUAAGAUAAAUAACAAGUAGUUAAAUGUUUAUGGCGUGUCCCUGCUGAACUAGAGAGUUGAAUGUAGGCCUUCAUUUCGAUUGAUCUGCCUAAGGGGCUACGCCCCAUGUCUCUGUGGUUUUUAUUGGCUUUUCUAAACAUUUUUUUAAGAUCCAUUAAAACUUAGAACUUACUUAGAAACAAUGUUCGAUUUUUUGAAGCCGAGACAUGGGCGAAACCCCUUAAAGCCGGAUGGCAUUAUCUUAAAACUGACUAACUGACUGGAUUUGUUGUGGAAGGGAUAGAUAGAUAACCAAAUCUAGCCAGUUAGGCGAACAAGUGUAAUGCGACCAUUAAUAGCCGUUACUCGUAGAGAAAAGGGGUAUAUUGUGUUCGUCGGAAAUCGUGCAAUGGGUAGAAGGAAGCUUUUCCGGCCCUAUAGGGAGUAACUGUCCGUUUGUCCGUCCGUAUGAGCGCGAAGACCUUGGAAACUACUAAAGCAAAUCAAAAGAUUGAAUUUGAUUUAAUAUAUGAAUGCCUUUCCACAUUCCAAUUAUCAUAUCAAUCGCAAUAGUUUUUGAAAAGUUAUGGAUUACCAAGUGAAAAAGGCCUGGCAUUGUCAGUAGCACCGCCACCAUUCGCUAGAGGGCGCCGCCCCUUGGUGCCGAGCCAAAAGAAAGGCCCUAAAUUUUAUUUAAAAUGUUGCUUUAAAGUGGGUUAGCCGAGUAACUGGCUGCUGAUGGUCGCUCUUGUUUUAGCUGUUAUCAUGGCCUGAGUUAUUAAGUAGGUUCCACUAACCACCGGCAGAUCCGUGAGCUUGGUAUGUGCAAGUCCAGCUCUGCAGGAUUUAAAAGUGUUCAAGCAAAGUUGUGCAGGCAGCGAUGCUGAGGAGACAGGGUCAGGAACCGAGUUAAGAAUACCAAGGAACGGGCUCUCGAUCUUACCAUGUGGGCUACCCUUUAGCUGACCACCACCCCGCCCAACUCCCCUUGCGCCAAGCCUGAGCUUGAGGUGCGACAAACGCCGUCUCCCUUCGGUAAUCCAUGCAAAACGUUCCAAAAGCCAGCUCCGAGCUCCACCAGCAAGCACAUACCUGUCGGCGGAUCAAGUGCAUUGUGUUAAUUAUAUAUGUAUCUAAUCGCCAGUGUAAAUAAUGAAAUGAGGCAAGCUGAGAAAUUGUAUUCGGUGUGCGCGAGCAGGAGGAGGGGAGGAGGAAAACAAAAACGAAUCAGAACCCAUCUAAUGUUGAGAUCGAGGCAAGUAGCGGUAGAGAUGUAUGUAUAAAAGAUUGUGAUUGUACUUGUAGUGUUUAAACGAUAGUACCAACUCCAUGUACCCACGGAGAUCCAAUAUAUAGAUGUGUACGUAUGUAAAUCAAUGUUUAUCUGUAUGUCCAAGCUAUAGAAGUAAUCGAUACAUGUACUUUACGACUUAACUAAUAUUGUAAUUCGAAUUAAGCAGAAUAAAUCCUUUGAAGCACAGUUCAAAGUAGAAAUGUAA